UAGUCUCUUUAGAUUUUUUUUUUAGGUAGCUCUCUUUGCUUUGAGUAAGGACAUUUAGGAGAACCAGAUUAAUGCAAAAGAAUUGUACUAAAAAGUGAAGGAGAAUUUAAUUCCCUCCCCAACCCUCAAGAUAAACAGCCUUCAGAGCACCAAAGCUUUAGAGGAGACAACAAGCUAACUUUUCUUCCUUCUUUUUUUUUUCCUUCCCCUUUUUAACUCUCUCUCUCUCUCUCUUUGUGAUCUCUUCCUUCUCAUAGUUUUGUUUAUUUUGGGGAGUAGCAGGGGAGGAAACAAGAAAGGAAAAGAUCCCAGUGUGGGAUGGGAAUAAGAGGAAGCCAAAGAAAAUGACUUGGUGCAAUGACUGCAGCGAUGUGCAAACGAUUGAGAGAAGCUCUCCUCCAUCUUCUCAUAAAACGGUUAUUGCUGAAAGGCAGAAAGUUUGCCUAGUUAGAACCUGUCCCUCAUGUGGUCAUCAGAUCAAAUGCCGAGAGCAGGCGGGAAUUCAUGAUUUGCCUGGGUUGCCUGCUGGAGUGAAGUUUGAUCCAACAGAUCAAGAGCUUCUUGAACAUUUGGAAGGGAAGGUGCGGUCUGAUGCUCGUAAACUUCAUCCUCUAAUAGAUGAAUUUAUCCCUACUAUUGAAGGAGAGAACGGAAUUUGCUAUACUCAUCCAGAGAAGUUACCAGGAGUUAGCAAAGAUGGCCUAGUUCGCCACUUCUUUCACCGACCCUCCAAGGCAUACACCACCGGAACUAGAAAAAGAAGAAAGGUUCACACUGACACGGAAGGCGGCGAGACCCGGUGGCACAAGACAGGCAAGACCAGGCCAGUUUUUAUUAGUGGAAAAGUUAAGGGUUACAAAAAGAUACUGGUGCUUUACACCAACUACGGGAAGCAAAGGAAACCCGAGAAAACUAAUUGGGUGAUGCACCAGUACCACCUUGGCAACAAUGAAGAAGAGAAAGAUGGUGAGCUAGUUGUUUCAAAAGUUUUCUACCAAACACAGCCUAGACAAUGUGGCUCGGUAAAGGACUCCCUGCCCUCAAAAUUAAAGGUGCAGAGUGGACAUGAGGGUCCUCAUCACCUUAAGAAUAAUGGGCUUGUUGAGUUGUAUAAUCCUUCUUAUAUUUCCUUUGAUCAAGGUGGCCAAACCAGAGGCAACCCUAGCCAGCUACUUCCCCAUUUUGCAGUCCAUGAUGGGUCUUUCAUUCCUUAAGAAAGUUACAAGGAUCCACGGGAAGGAAAGGAGAUAGUCUACUUAGUGAAAGGACUGUGGAGGCAACAUCAAAAAUAAGCACUGGUGAAAUAAGCAAGAAAUUAAUUAUUUACUUAUGGCUUUUAGCGAAGCCAAAAAUGGCGGGGGAGAAUAAGGAAUGCUUUGUAGCUAGCGGAAGAGCAGAAGAAACAUUCUUCAGCAUGGUUAAUUUUCUUUCCCUUCCUCCUUUGAAGGGAUGCUUUGUACAGUGUAAGCAGCAGGGUGUAAAUGUGCCACAUGGUUCAUCCAACUUUAAUCUUGUACAAGUUAACUAUGGAAACUGUACAAAGGGUGAUUCUUACCACAAGUAGCUUCUUUUAUUCAACACUUUGUCCUUUCAAAUGUAACGACAAUCUUCAAAUAAGAGUAUAUAUUUUACUGUUAAAAUUGUA